AUGCACUGCGCGUUUGUGUUGUUUCCUGCCACACUCAUUCCUUCGCGGUCUGUCAUCUAUCUGCCCAGUGACGCGGAAGAGGACUUCAAGUCAGCCAGGAUCUUUUGCGCUGCCGUUGCCGAGGCUGGCCGAAGUGUCGCAGCCGAAGGCUCUAGUGUGCGGUACCCUGACGCGAAACAAACAUCGCUGCAAAGGUACUACGAGUUGUUCCCGCUUCUCUGCCUGGCCCUGUGGGUUAUGUUCAACAUUUCUCUCAGGACGUCGGAGGAGAAGCUGGUGACCGACUACGGGGUGCUGGUGCCGCUGCUAGGUUGGAUGUCGGUGUUCGCGCAGCCGAGGGCGCUGGGCAGACGAGUCGCACCGCCCGUGGAGCGUGUCGUGCGCACACUGCCCUGGGGCGCCCUGCUGCUUGUCGGAUGCCAGCUGGCCGCGCACGCAGCCUGGCCGAGCUUCGCCCCAGCUGCCAGCAAGGCGUCUGUCCGGCUGGCCGACUCCCUCGGCGGCCAGAGGCCCGUCGUGAUCCAGCUGGCGCUCACCAGUGUCUCCUGCCUGCUCACGGAGUUCCUGGGCGCGCACCAAACCGUGGCUCUGCUGCUGCCCGCCGCGGCCAUUCUAGCGCAGCAGCGCAAGUGCUCGUGGCCCUACCUGGCGGUGCCGCUGACUGCCGCCUCGUCCAUCGGGGUCAUCCUGCCGACGGCGUCCGUCACCAUGGCCGUCGUGCACGACCUGGCCAACCUGAAACCUGACGUCACGGUACUGCCAGGUAUCCUGACGAAGGUGUCGGCCAUGCUGGCGCUCGUGCUCGGAGCCAACACGUUGGGCAGCCUGCUGCUCGGCUGGACGAUACCGGUCGAGGUGGCCCGCUACGGACUCAACGCCAGUGACCUGCUCGCUGGCGCUGACGACGAGCACGGCGUCUAGAUUCGCCCCGCGGAACGCCACGCGCGUCGCUUCUUCACGCAGAGAUGACGCGUA